AUGGGGCUGGGGCUGGGGCGAGGCGGGCUGCCCGCGGGCGCCCUGUGCGUGAGCGCUGCGCUCAGCGGCAUCCUCAUGUUCGGGCUCCUGGCCGUGGCCAUCGGCUCGGACUAUUGGUACCUGGUGCGGGUGGAACCGGCGCGGGACCCGGAGCCGCUCAGCUCCCACUCUGGGCUCUGGCGGGUCUGCGAAGGCAGGAAUGUCUGCAUCCCACUGAUUGACCCAUUUGGGAGCAAGAGCCAAGAGGUGCCCACGUCAUUGCAGCAUCUUAUCUGCAUGCACCGGGCCUUCGUGGUCAUGCUGCCACUCAGCCUCAUCCUCCUCAUCUUCGGCUGGAUCUGUGGCGUUGUCAGUUCCUUGGCACAAAGCCGCCAGCUGCUGCUCUUCACAGGCUCCUACUUCCUGCUGGGAGGCCUGCUGACACUGUCGGGGAUCAGCGUCUACAUUAGCUACUCUGGGGCGGCCUUCACCGAGACCGUCCGCAUGUACAACCAGCAGCACUUUAACCACGUCCACAUCAGCUUUGGCUGGUCCAUGGCACUGGCCUGGCUCUCCUUCAGCACUGAGGUGCUGGCCGGCUCCCUCCUCCUCCUCGCUGCCCGGCUCCUCAGCCUGCAGCAAGCCCCACGCUCCGUGGCCAUCUGAGCCGCAGGGAGAUGGGCAGGGACACCCCAGCGCUCCGCCAUCUGCAGCUUCUUUGGGACUGACCUUUCUGCUACCCCAUGCCCCACGCACCCAGCUGCAGGCCCCCUGCAUUGCAGUCCCCGUUGCUGGGAAGGUAGUGGGUAGGGGGCAGAGGCUAAAGCCCCAUAGCAGCAGGCCCAGACUGACCCUUCACCCCCUGGUGCUGCUGGCUACAGCCUGGAUUCCCUGAGUUCUUGGGGCUGAGUCAGUGACUUGGGGAUGGACCUGGCGGCCGGCUCCCCUCGAUCCAAUGGACCCUGGCUACGAUGGAGGCCAGCCUGUUAGAGGGGGCCUACACCCUCCCCACACAGAGCCAGGCAGCUGCAGGGAGAAUGAUGCAGACAAGGUGAGAGCACAGGGCAGAUGGCCGCUGCACCAUGCUCAGCCAUGGCUCGUGGAAGACCUGGACAGCAGACCACCCAUCAGAGCAGGGAAGCCCAUCAGACCAGUGCCAAGCCUGGGGUGAAGGAAGCAGUGCCAAGGGGCAGUCAGCCCCAACCUGAGGCUUCUCUGCUUGCAGCCUGUCACAGCCCCCUGCUGCCGGGGCUGCUACUGCUUCAGCUGCCCUCCCAUUGCCAGAGCAUCUGGCCUCCUGUCCUCUGCCCAGCAUGUCCCAAUAAAGGUUCCUCUCUGAUUCCAUAGCUAGCACCUGUCUGUCACUGG